UCGGUAGCCAAUAUCCUUGACCCUGUGCCUGUGACCCUUUUUCUUUAUUUUAUUCUUUUACCGCAGUGUGCGGCUUGUGCGGUAAUGUGGCGUAACUACUUGUGGAAAACGGAAAACCACCAGGAUCGAGGUGCUUUCCACGAGUGUCGGUUAAACGGUGUUGGCUUGUUUGAUUCAGUAGCAGGCCUGUAGUCGUGCUAAUUUUCAGACACUGGCCACAGGCAGAGAUUGAACAAGUAGAGCACCAAAGACGCUACAUUCCCCACAGUGUAUAGAGACAGUCAGAAUGAGCUGCAUGUUGGCUAGGAAGGCAUGCAGCCAGGGCUCUUUGAGGAUGCUUCCUCUUCUCUGGAGAGGAGGUCGGGUCUUGACCCAAACAGCAACACCUGCUUUGUGCUCAGUGCAUAUCCGGUCCAGCAGUCAGCAGCCAGUGAUGGCUGUGCGGAGAGAGACAGUCAAUGUGUGGGAAAGGAGGGCACCAUUGUCACCGCAGCAAGUGAGAAAGCUGGUCAGGAAGGGGGUGAAGGUCAUUGUUCAGCCCUCAGAUCGUCGAGCCUACAGUAUGAAGGAAUAUUCUGACAUUGGUGCUGUCAUCAAAGAGGAUAUGUCUGAAGCAUCACUGAUUAUCGGCGUAAAGCAGGUGCCAAUUGACUCCCUGAUGCGCGACAAGACAUACGCCUUCUUUUCCCACACCAUCAAAGCCCAAGCUGAUAACAUGCCUCUCCUGGAUGCCAUUUUGGAAAAGAACAUUCGUUUGAUUGACUAUGAGAAGAUGGUGGACGAGUAUGGCCAGAGAGUAGUUGCUUUCGGCAAGUAUGCAGGUGUUUCUGGGAUGAUCAACAUCUUGCACGGCAUGGGCCUUCGUCUACUCGCCCUUGGCCACCACACUCCCUUCAUGUUCAUUGGCCCAAGUCACAACUAUCGGCAUACAGAAAUGGCACGCCAGGCUGUUCGAGAUGCUGGUUACGAGAUUGCGCUUGGACGAAUGCCGAGGUCAAUAGGACCUCUGACCUUUGUCUUCACAGGCUCUGGCAAUGUGUCACAAGGUGCCCAGGAAGUGUUCACUGAACUGCCUCAUGAGUACAUUGAACCUGAACACUUACCCAAAGUCGCUGCUCGAGGCUCAACAAACAAAAUCUACGCAUGCGUGGUGAGUCGAGAUGACCAUUACAUACACAAAAAUGGUGGGAAGUUCAACGCAGACGAAUUUGAGCAGUACCCUGAAAGAUAUGCAUCCACUUUUAGCCACAAUAUAGCACCGUAUGCCUCAUGCAUCAUCAACGGCAUCUACUGGGCUCCUGGUGCCCCACGACUGAUCACCAUUCCGGAGGCGAAGACGUUACUGCGACCCACAGAUGCUCCGUGGAUCCCUUCCUCCCCUGGCUGCCCCACCCUGCCCCAUCGUCUUCUGGCCAUCUGUGAUAUCUCUGCUGACCCAGGUGGUUCCAUUGAGUUCAUGAAGGAAUGCACAACCAUAGACAAACCUUUCUCUUUGUAUGAUGCAGAGCAGAAUGUGGACAAGGAAAGUUUUGCUGGUGACGGAGUGCUCCUGUGCUCUAUAGACAACAUGCCGGCUCAGAUCCCCCGGGAAGCGACAGAUUUCUUUGGAAGUCUCUUGUUGCCUUAUGUAUCAGAGAUGCUGAAAUCUGAUGCGAAGCAGUCUUUCGAAGAUUAUUCUGGUAGCCCUAUUGUGAAAAAUGCUGUGAUUGCAAGCAAUGGUUCUCUGGCUCCGAACUACGGGUACAUACAGGAUCUGAGAACAAAAUCUGCGUCUGCACACAAGGCAGUGCUGACUUCUUCCUCGGAGCGUGUCCUGAUACUUGGGGCUGGCUAUGUGUCGGGGCCGGUGGUGGAGUACCUUACGCGAGACCCCAAGACCUGCGUCACUGUUGCCUCCCAUUUUCAGAAAGAGCUGGACGACACGACCCAACUGUGCCCUGAAGUCAUUCCUCUGCUCAUGGAUCUGGAAACUGGGUACCAGGACCUUGAGAAGCACCUCGGGGACCAUGAUCUGGUUAUAAGCCUGCUGCCGUAUGCUUUCCACACGGAGGUGGCCAAAUUGUGUAUCAAGCACCGGAAGAACAUGGUGACCGCCAGCUACAUUAGCCCAGACAUGAAACAGCUGCACUCUGAAGCUGUGGCAGCUGGCAUCACCAUUAUGAAUGAGGUGGGCGUUGAUCCAGGCAUUGAUCAUAUGCUGGCCAUGGAGUGUUUUGACGAGGUGAAGAGAGCUGGUGGCAAGGUCACCUCCUUUGUGUCGUACUGUGGAGGAUUACCCGCCCCUGAACACUCUGACUCACCCCUGCUCUAUAAGUUCAGCUGGUACCCUAAGGGUGUGCUGCUGAACUGUAUGGCUGGGGCCAGGUACUUGCAAGGCGGACAGGUGGUGGAUGUUCCCAGCGAGGGUGGACUCCUGGACUCUGUGCGAGAUCUCAAUUUCUUGCCGGGCUUCAACCUGGAAGGCUUCCCAAACCGAGACUCCACGAUAUACGCCAAAGAGUACGGGAUUGAAUCGGCACACACCAUUCUGAGAGGCACCAUCAGAUACAAGGGUUUCACUGAAGCUGCCAAGAGCCUGAUCUCCCUAGGACUGUUUGACACGACACCAGACAGUCAGCUGCACCCAAAUGGACCUGAUAUUACAUGGAAAGCCUACAUUUGCGGCAAGUUUGGCAAAUCUGAGGACAUUCUGCAAGACUCGCUUGUAGAUUUGGUGUUUGACCAGGUAGAGAGGGACCCUUUCAAGCUGAGCUGUGUGGUCAACCUUGGUCUCCUAGAGGAUGACUUGAUUGACAAACGUUCCACGCCCAUUGACACACUCUCUAACUAUCUUGCAAAACGUCUGGCUUAUGCCCCCCAUGAGCGCGACAUGAUUCUCAUGCGUCAUGAGGUUGGAAUUCAGUGGGGUGACGGCAAGCGAGAGCAUCGUGGCAUCGAUUUGGUCAACUACGGUGAUCCAAAUGGCUUUUCAGCUAUGGCCAGGACUGUUGGCUUGCCCACAGGCAUUGCUGCUCGCAUGAUUCUCGCAGGUGAGAUCCAGACCAAGGGUGUGUGCGCGCCUAUGGCUCCUGAGACAUAUGUGCCCAUCCUGGCCCGGCUGAAGAAGGAAGGCAUCACAGCUCUGGAGACAAUUAAUCUCCUUUAGGAGAGUGAUCUGCACAGAAUUUUUCAUCUUCUGUGUUCCUUUCGUUUCAUUGCUGAAAUGAGGAGAAGAAGGUGCCCCCGAGGUAGCUAGAAAUUCAGGACUGCAGAUAGAAACUGAAAACGAGACCUUCUAAACUGAUUACAAUGUCGUGCUCUGUUUGGAAGUUAUGAAUGAAGCUUUUCUUGGUUUCACCGUAUUCUAUCUUUUUAUUGUAAUGGGAAUUCAAAAGUGCCACAUUCAAAUCAAGCUUAUAGUGUUUCCCCCAAUAAAGUGAUAAUUCAAAAUAUGGGCCAUAGUCUUUUAGUGUAGGGUAUCCUCACAGGGGAAACUUAAUACCAACAUUUUUUUUUUCUUCUUUACAACCAGAUCCCCAAUGAAGAGUUACUGCGAUCCUUAUUUGGGUCAGGACUGUGGGUUUGGAUGUCACUGUAUACUGUGUAGCCCAGGAAGAAGCUGCCUCAGUUACAUUUUAUUCUUCCAAAUCCACUUAAAGUAUGAGGGCUGGUGCACUCAUUUUCAUUGCUCUAAAUGAAUAUUUAUGUGCAUAGCACAAAGUUUACCAACUUCGCAGACUUAUUCAGUUCUUCCAUACGCUUGGUGUAUAAUAGACCAAAGAACUGUGCAGGUGUGGAGCUUAAACUUAGAGUGUUAAUUAGUUGUAAGUGAUAGUUGGCUUCUUUGGGUGAACUUUGAAGUAGUAGGAGUUAACAUAGUAGCAGUCUUUGUGUUGUCUUAUCAGAAAGAAGCUUUUUUUAUGGCAUAUUGCAUGUAUAAAUUUUACAAAAUGAUGCGAAAACUGUAUAGCUAGAGAAACCAAGCUGGUUCCUGAAAUGAGAAUGAUGUACCUGUGAAAUGUUCCUUAGAUAUU